UUGUCUUACUCUCACUCUCAUAUAAUUCCUUUCGCUCUUUCCUUUUUCUUUCGCUCUGUUUCCUUUCAUCUGUUUCUCUAAUCUUCAUUCACUUCUUCAAUUCCAUCUCCAACCAAAUCCAUCGAAUGCUUUAUUUUUCCUCCCAAAACAAUUCUUCAGUUCACGCUUUGUGUAAACUGAAUUUGUUGGAUUUUACCAACUCUCCCAAACUGGGUACACUUGAAAACGGUUUAUGAACUCUAAUUCAGCAUGAAGUUCACAUUUUUAGUUUAUUCAUGUGCAUCUUCAAUUUAACUUAGAUUUGUAUGUAGCUUCCGUCUUUGUUCAUCUAUGAAGGCAUAGUGAUAGUCUCACUCAAGCUUUCAGUAUUCAUUUUAGGAAUGAUAUGUAGAGUUGAUUCUGUUGAUCACUGCCUGAUCAAACCCUAGUGGCAUAGGUUUUAGUUUCUUGUUUGUUUUGAAUGAUUUUUAUGUGAGGACUAUUGUUUUGCCAUGUAAUGUUUGUGAAUAUCCAUUAAAUAUAGCCAUUGAUGUCAUUUGUAUGAACUAUCAUAUUUUUUAGGCGUAUGAAUUAAUAUUUUGCUGUGGAAGUUUUUGUAGAUAUGCAUAAAACAUAGGCAUUGAUGUCAUUUUUGUGUGGGCUUCCUGUCAUUGAGUGUGUUUAUUGUCUGGCCUGUGCUCGUUGGGCAUGGAAAAAAUGUCUGUACAGUGCAGGCUAUGAGAGUGAAAAUUGGGGGCUGGCUACUGCACAAGAAUUUGAGCCUGUUCCUCGGAUCUGUCGGCUAAUCUUAGCUGUCUACGAAGAUGAUAUUCGUAACCCUCAAUGGGCUCCCGAAGGAGGUUAUGGCAUUAAUCCUGAUUGGGUUAUCUUACGGAAGGACUACGGCGAUAACCAAGGCCGUGUUACACCAUACAUGAUAUACCUUGAUCAUGAUCAUGCUGAAAUCAUACUAGCUGUUAGUGGACUCAAUUUAGCAAAGGAAAGUGAUUAUGUUGUUUUGCUUGAUAAUAAGCUGGGACAGGCUGAAUUUCAUGGUGGUUAUGUUCAUAAUGGGUUAUUGAAGGCAGCUGGAUGGGUUUUUGAUGCAGAAUAUGAGGUUCUUAGGAAGCUAGUGGCAGAAAAUCCAACUUAUAUGUUAAUAUUUACAGGGCAUUCUCUAGGGGCUGGGGUGGUGGCAUUGUUGACAAUGCUAGCAGUUCAUAAUCGAGACAAAUUGGGUAUACCGAGAAACAAGAUAAGAUGCUUUGCAAUAGCUUCUCCUCGGUGUAUGUCUCUCAACUUGGCUGUAAGAUAUGCAGAUGUGAUCAAUUCUGUUGUACUCCAGGAUGAUUUUUUACCUCGGACGACUGCUGCUUUGGAAGAUGUCUUCAAAUCACUUUUAUGGAUACCUGCACAUUGGAGGAGAAGAAGCUCAGAGAUCCAAGGCGUCUAUAUGCACCUGGUCGGCUCUAUCACAUUGUGGAGCGAAAACCAUUUAGUCUCUUCUGGUUGCAGGAUGGGAAGAUUUCCACCUGUUGUUAGGACAGCAGUACCUGUUGAUGGGAGGUUUGAGCAUUUAGUUCUUUCUUGCAAUGCAACUUCUGAUCAUGCCAUCAUUUGGAUAGAGAGAGAAUCCCGACGGGCACUCAGUUUAAUGCGAGACAAAGACGAGCAUAUGGAGAUUCCAGCAAAGCAGAAAAUGGAGAGACAUGAAUCCAUAGCUCGAGAACACAGUGAAGAGUACCAUGCAGCCCUUCAGAGAGCAGUUGCUUUGGAUAUUCCACAGGCAUACUCCCCUUCAUCAUAUGGAACAUUUCAUGAAACUGAUGUUGGAGAGGAUUCUGGAAGAUCAAGUGAAGGUUCUUCCUUGUUUCAUAAGAAACGAACACAAAGUUGGAAUGAAUUUGUUGGACGAUUGUUUGAUGUGGAUGAUUCAGGUCAUAUGGUGUUCAAAAAGACACCUCCAUGAAUUAUUUCUCCCUACCUAAGCUUAAUAAAGCACUAUUUGUUUCUUCUUUGGUUCA